GCAUGUGGCGGAAGUUGAAGAAGCUAACCGAGGGGAUUAAACUGUUACGUUUAUGUUCAUAUUCUCUGACCCACCCGUUCCUAACGGGAUGAAGUCCAUCCAACAUAUUCACUGUUGUAAAUGUUCCUUGACACUACGCACAGCGAAUGGGAGCGAUGUCCCUGCCAGCAGCUAAACCCCGGGACAAGAUAAACCUGCAGGCAGAAAUUAAGGUGUGACAACAACAGACGGUGUAAAGCGGUUCUACUGCAGGCCAGUGUGCGUGGUCAUUUUUCUGUGUGAGUGUGUUUAUGGUUGUGUAUGUUUAUGAGUGGCAUAGCAGCUGGGGGUCGUAACGUGAUGCCAAGAUGCUGCUCUCCCUGGGAAUGCUAAUGCUGUCGGCCACACAGAUUUACACCAUCUUCACUGUUCAGCUCUUCGCCUUCCUCAACCUGCUCCCCGUGGAGGCCGACAUCGCUGCUUACUCAUUUGACAACAAAACAGAGAACUUUGAUGACCUGCCUGCACGGUUCGGCUAUCGGCUACCCAGCGAUGGACUGAAGGGCUUCCUGAUUGGUGCACGACCGGAAAAUGCGUGUGAGCCCAUCGAGCCCCCUCCGAGGGACAACAUGACGGGCGCCUACAUCGUCCUCAUCAAGCGCUUCGACUGCAACUUUGACAUCAAGGUCCUCAAUGCUCAGAAAGCCGGAUACAAGGCCGCCAUUGUUCACAAUGUGGUCUCUGAUGACUUAAUCAGCAUGGGAUCCAAUGAUCUGGACAUUAUGAAGCAGAUAGAUAUUCCCUCUGUGUUUGUGAGCGAGCACACUGCCAACUCUCUGAAGGAAGACUUCACCUAUGACAAGGGGGGACACGUGGUCCUCAUGCCAGACUUCAGCCUGCCGCUGGAAUACUACCUGAUCCCCUUCCUCAUCAUCGUGGGGAUCUGUCUCAUCCUCAUCGUUGUUUUCAUGAUCACCAAGUUUGUCCAGGAUCGGCACAGAGCUCGGAGGAGCCGCCUGCGUAAAGAUCAGCUAAAGAAACUUCCCAUCCACAAGUACAAGAAAGGGGACAACUACGAUGUGUGCGCCAUCUGCCUGGACGAGUAUGAAGAAGGUGACAAACUCCGAGUCCUGCCGUGUUCUCAUGCCUACCACAGUAAGUGUGUGGACCCCUGGCUGACCAAAACUAAGAAGACGUGUCCGGUGUGCAAGCAGAAGGUGGUCCCCUCGCAGGGCGACUCCGACUCCGAUUCCGAGGAGGGGGAGAGCGGCCCCGACGAGAACGAGGAGGUGUCGGAGAGCACCCCUCUGCUGCGCUCGCUGGCCUCCACCAGCGCCCACUCCUUCGGCACCAUGUCGGGAGCGUCGCGCUCGGAGCAGGACCAGGAGUCCUCCGACUACGAGGACGACGAGCUGGACAGCAGCGACAGCGAGGAGGAGGUCACCGUGGAAACCGUGGUGGUGCAGAUGCAGCAGCCCAGCUCUGAAGUCCCCGAGCCCGACCUGCCCCGAGCUUGACUGGCCUGUCGGACGACCUGAUUGGUCGCUAAAUCCCCCCCCCC